ACGUAUAACUCCCACAACCGUAUCAACCUCGAACAUUUUUAUAUCUACACUUCAGAACUCCAAUGGCCAUCCGCCAUCCUCUUUUGACAGUCAUUUAUCUCCAGCUGCUUACCGCCCACAAAGCCUGUCUCCGACUAAGAAAUCGCGUGCGAGUCUACACAGUGUUAGCAGUGCUGUAAGCAGGACGUCGGUGGAUACGGCCGAAACAGAUGAAAAUGAAGAGUCAACAGGCGAGAAUGUCUCUGGGAUAGGAACUUCACUGCCAGAUACGAGUACGAAUUCAGUCCAUUCGGCACUAAAUUCACCGACUAAAGGAAGAAAAAAGUCAGUUUCUGUGCAGGUUUUGAAUGAUCCAGACAUGAAGGAAAUAUUGCCUAUCGAACAUUAUAAUUCAUCGAGUACAACUAUUAAAGGAAGUUACCUUGUACACGAAGAUGGAAUGUAUUGUUUAUGUUUUGACAACUCCUUCUCUCGAAAGACAUCAAAACUGCUUACCUUUUUCGUAGCUUUGAGAGAUGAGGAAUCUCAAGAAGAGGUGAAAACAUCUCGAUCGGACAUAUCUGGGUGGGCCAAGCGCUGGGUACGAAUUGAGGAUGGCAUUCUUUCAUAUUAUCAACAUCCUUACGGUCCUUGUCGUGGAACAAUAUAUAUUGUACUAUCGACUGUAUCAUCUAAUCGCGCUUUCCGUUCAAUACAUAUGGAUUCUGGUACAGCUACAUAUCACUUGAAAACCUUGACUAAUGAAGACUUCGAUAAAUGGAUGGCUAUUAUUAGGAAAUAUGUUAAUCUCUCGAAGGAACGCCAACUAUUCGAUCCCGAAUAUUCACGGAUCACUUCGCCUCGUCAAUCCAUAGAUUUGUCUAGGCGAGCAAGUUUGUACAAGAGACAGAGCAUAAUUGAUAGGCGACAGAGUUUAUAUAGAGAUUCUAUAUUUAUAAGAACGGAAACCGGCGAAGAAUUGGCUAAAAUACGCGGAUUCUCGUCUAGCAUGGAUAAUGGUUUAAAGACAGUAAAGGAGGUAUUAGAUACACUAAAGACAUCAAUUGAUAACCCACCUUCACCUAGUAUCCAAAGAGCACAUACUCCGACAAGUGAUAAGUUUAGAAUAAGGAAACCUUUCAUUUCUCUUGGAAGACAUGUUAAUUCAACGGAUGCGCCACCUCCAACCUCGCCGACACCCUCAAGUUUGGGCAUGUUUGAUCUCCUGUACGAAAAGUUGAAUGCAGCCCAUGAAUCACUAAAACGUGACAAAGAUCAAUUAUUUGAAUUUUUUGCUUCUGAAGCAGAUAAGUGGAAAGCAAUUGAUAGUGCUUACCGCAAAUUGGUAGCUGAACAUGACGAGUUGCGGAAAUAUUAUUCUGAAGUUCAACCAAGUGAUUCUGAACAAGUAGUACACGAUAUUAGUGCUGACAAAUUCGAGUCAAUAGAGGACGUCAGUUACCGUGCACAGUCAUUGACUUCUAAUUCCGAAAUCUUUUUUGAUGCUGAGGAUAUAGUGCUUAGUCAUGAUACAGCAGACGAAGAUGAUAGUGAUGCCGAUGGAGCUAUUGUUGAAGUUAUUGAAGAAGAGAGUGACGCAGAGGAAUUAUCUGAUACAGAAGAGGACAUCGAUGGAUCAUUGACAGAGAUCGAAGCUCCAGCUGCUAUUGAUUCGAUGACUAUUCAGCGCCGGAAGAAUUUACCGUAUCCAGUUUGUGGAGAUUCUGUUAGUUUAUUAUCUAUUCUGAAGAAGAAUGUGGGGAAAGAUUUAUCUACUAUUGCUAUGCCGAUAUCCUUGAAUGAACCUAUAAAUCUGCUACAGAAGCUUGCUGAAGAGUUGGAAUAUAGUGAUUUGUUACAUAAAACAGCCAGUUUGGGUGACUCAAUGAAUAGACUAAUGCAUGUUGCAGCAUUUGCCGUAAGCGGCUUUGCGUCUUCACAGUAUAGAAUUGGAAGAAAACCAUUUAAUCCAUUGCAUGGUGAGACGUAUGAGUGUUUACGACCAGACAAAGGCUUUAGGUUUAUCUCUGAGAAAGUCAGUCAUCAUCCGCCAAUAAUGGCAUGUCACGCUGAAGCAGAAGAUUGGGUCUUUUGGCAAGAUUCGAAAUUGAGGACAAAGUUUUGGGGUAAAUCUAUGGAACUAAUAUCAACCGGAAAUGUACAUGUAUCAAUUCCAAAAUAUGGAGAUCAUUUCAGCUUCAACAAACCAUCGACGUGGAUCCGCAAUAUGGUAUCGGCAAAUAAAUAUCUCGAACAUGCAGGAGUAAUGCGUGUAGAGAACCUAACAACGGGUGAAGCGUGUGAGAUCACUUUUCACCAAAGUGGCAUGUUUAGUAACGGACCGAAGAAUGACAUCAAUGGAGUGCUCUGGGAUUCGAAUAAAAAGAAAGUGGGUAGCAUUUCUGGUAAAUGGAAUGAAGUCCUCUACCACGAGAUAGGACCCAACCAACUAGAAGUUAUAUGGAAAGCGAACAAACCGGCACCAGAUCAUGAACAGUACUAUGGAUUCACUCAAUACACCAUGGAGCUGAACGAGUUGACUGAUGACAUUAAAGAUCAUCUACCAAAUACUGAUACGAGGUUGAGACCAGACCAACGUUUGUUCGAAGAAGGAGACGUGGAUAAUGCGGAAUCAGAAAAAUUGAGAAUAGAACAGAAACAGAGAGAAUAUAGAAAGUUCUUGGAAAGAACGGGUAAAAAAUGGGAACCCCAGUGGUUUAAGCUAGAGAAUGAUGUGUGGGUGUACAGCGGUAAUUAUUGGGAGACGAGAGGACGAAAAGCAUUUGAAAAAAAGGUCGAGUUAUGGUGA